UCACCGUAAGAUUACAAAAAGCGUUAGAUUACAAUCUAUCUCGAGAGAUUGUAAACUGUCGAAUUAUUGUGAACCGAAACAUCUGAUUGCAAUUUAACGCAUUCUUUUUCGCUAUAUUAUAAUCUAUCAAUGUAAAGCGGCCAAAUUGUCAACUGGCGUAGAACGGAAUGCAUCUUGCGCGCUGAUUGGUAGAACGUAAUGUGUCCCCGCCCCUCCGGCAUUCGCCAUUUUGUUUGUUUAUUUCGGUUUGUUGUCGAUUGUGUAAAAAACUGUGUUUUCGUGAUUAUAAAUUGAUUUCCUGUUGAAAGUAACCUAUAUCUUUAGAAUUAGUUAUAUAAAAGUGUUGAGGAUGUGAAAUUUAUCUGUGAUUAACCAAAGAAAAGCAGUUUGAACGAUAAACCAACAAAUUAGUGUGAGUUUCCGAACAUAACCUAAAUUACAUUAAUUUCUCGUGUUUUAAUAUUUGUAUAUGCGUGGAAACUUACGUGUUCUCAUUAAAUAACAUUAGCCAUGUCGGAUAUUGAGCCUGGUCAACAAAAUAACUCAGAAAAAAAUGAUUUUGUUAAUCCGAACGAAUUUACCAUAGAGCUACAAAAAUAUUACAGUGGGCAUAAUGAAAACAGUAAAAAAUUAGAGUGGACAAAUCAAAGAAUACAAAAUAUAAUAAAUUUGUUAGAUGAGUACAGCAUAAUAAAAUGUCAAGGUAGGCGGCCAACAAACAAGCAUUACCAUCAUGCAAGAAAAUACGAUGUAAUGAAUAUUGGCAACCGGAAAGUCUUGAUAGUGAAAAGAAAGAAUAUAUCGGAUCCCGUAGUGCAAAUAAUUCCAUCGGAAGAGUAUUAUGAAAAGAUAUUUGAUGCACAUAUUGCCACUGGGCAUGGACGUCGAGACAAAAUUGUUCACGCCUUAAAAGAUAGAUAUAUGGUACCAAUAUUUGCGGUCUCUAUAUUUCUAAAUUUGUGUAAAACAUGCCUUUCAAGAAAAAGUUUUCCAAAAAAAGGAAUAGUCGUUAAACCGUUGGUUUCGGAAGACUUCAAUCGACGGGGACAAAUAGAUCUUGUGGACUUCCAAACAUCUCCAGAUCAAGAGUAUAAAUGGUUAUUACAAUAUCAGGAUCAUUUAACAAAAUUCUGUUUUUUGCGACCAUUAAAAAGCAAACAAGCAAAGGUUGGCUGUCCUCACAUCCUCCAAAGUGAUAAUGGACGCGAGUUCACAGCAUCUGUGCUGAAAGAAAUAGUCAGUUUGUGGCCUGUUUGUAAAAUAGUAAAUGGAAGACCAAGAUAUCCGCAAAGCCAAGGAAGUAUAGAACGUUCAAAUCAAGACGUAAAAAAUAUGAUUCGAGCAUGGAUGUCAGAUAACAAAUCUACUAAUUGGUCCAUUGGAUGCUAUUUCGUUCAGUUCCAGAAAAAUUCAUCCUACCAUUCAACAAUUGCUCGAACUCCGUAUAAAGCCUUGUUUGGCGAGGAUCCAAAACUCGGACUCUCAUCGACCUACUUAUCUAAAAACAUAAUAUCUAAAUUAGAGAAUGAAGAAGAUGUAGAAAAAUUGCUUGAAGAGAUUAACAACAACAAAGAACAAAAUUCAGAAAAAGAUCAAGAUGAUGAAGCGGAAAACAUAAAUACAAUAAAUAUUACAAACGUUGAGACUCUAAAUAUUAAACAAGAAGACACAAAAACAAGUCAUGAAAUAGUAAUAGAAGAACAAAUUAACAUUACAAACGAUCCCGAACUACUUACCACUUUAAAUGCGAAUUUGCCUGUGAUUACGGAUGCUGUUAUUCAUAUACCAGAAAAUGAGCAGGACAAAUCUUUGCAUAGCACAAAUAGCAAAGAUUCGGAAAAACAAGGAAAACCAAAUGAAAAUGAGGACAAAGAAAUCAUCACCUUAGAUAAAACCACCGCACCUAGCGUCCUGCCUUUUGUAAGUGAUAUUGGUGUAAUAAUUGAAGGAUCAAAUAAUUUUUUGUGUCACGUGUGCAACAAAGAAUCAUCUGGAGGUCAUACAUGUACAAUUUGCAAAAAAUAUGUUCACGCCAUAUGUGGAGUUGCACCUGAGGAAAUGGAAGGCUAUGGAUCGCAAUUGCUUUGCAAUUUAUGUGUGAAUGAACGUAAAAUCGUAAAGCAAAGAACGGAAUCAUACAUAAAUUUAAAAAGAGCGGCAGAUAAAAUGCUAUCUACGUCGUCUAAGAAAUUUAAAGAUAUCAGUACUGGUUCAACUGUAUUAGUUGAAGUCCCAAAAGUUGACAGGGGACCUUUGGACAAUAAAAACCUGGUUGGAAAGGUUUUAAUGAAAAAGAACGAAUUAUAUCAAGUUGGCACUGAAUUUGGUAUAAUCAAAGAUUGGAUACCUCGAAAUGCUAUUCUUUCCUCUCCAAAUGCAGAGCCACGCAGUGACAUUCCAGAGGUGACUUUGCCGUUGAGAACAAUAGCAUCGAUGUCUUCAUCAUUUGGCGGGCAAGGCAUGAAGCAAUGCAAUUGCAAAAAAACAAAAAAUGGACAAUGCCUUUCUAAUAGGUGCAACUGCAAAAAAGCCAAUGUUCUUUGCAACUCCCGGUGCCACAGCUCUUUGACGUGCAAAAAUAAGUAACGGUUUAAUUUUUUAUAAAAAAAAUUGUACUUAGUUUUUAAGACUCUUUGUAACAUUAUUUUAAUUUGCGUUUGAGGUUUUUAUGUUUUUAAUUUUAAUUUGUGUUACAAGACAAAGUAAUUGUUUUUUUUUACUUUUUUUUUUAAUUGUCCAAUUUAAAUUGUUUGAGGCCAAAAUUACCUUUUUUACAUGAGAGGCUUUUAUUUUAUUUUUAAAUAUUAGUUUGUAUUUGAAGACUAAAUACCUAACUGUAUUUUUAUAAGAGUGAUUUUUAUAUAAAUUUAAG